UGGCAACAACUUAAAAUCUACUAAAAUAAUACAAAGUAAUACUCGUGUUCCCAUUAAAAAAUCUCCCUUGAUUUCCACACCUGCCACAAAUGGAUGCGGAUGGCAAGUCCACUGACGAUUCGGCAGGCAGUGAUUCGGUGGACAUGGCAAUGACCACGGCAGAUGCGAAUCUUCAGAAACAGAUCGUGGUGUCAAGUGUGGGUGAAAGUACUUCAGUGGCGGGAAGCAACAGCAGUAGUGAAGCUACUACAACGAUAGCAUGUAAUAUAGCCUUUGAAACAAAGGUAACACAAAUUUCGCAGGACCUCAAGGAAACUACGCUUGCCGAAACCGUAGUCGAGAUGGCUGCAGAGACAGAAGAUGCCAAAGAUUCUAAAGGCAGUGGUGAUGCCACAGACAGCCCGAUUAAUUCCACACCCGAGGGACAGAACUGUGAUCGACGUGUGAAAAAGGUGCGUUUCCACCAGGACGUUAAAGAGAACGAUGGCGGCAAUCGAGUAAAAAAGAAACGACGCCCUGCUACAAAAGUGCACUGUGAUGGCAUGGACCUGGAUGUGGAUGAGUACGAUGACGAAGAGGAGGAAGAAGAAACGGAGGAGGAGUUUGAUUUGGCUAAAACGAUUGCGGAAGCAGAGGACUACUUAAAGCAGCAUCCUUUGACGUUUGUCCGACGAGCCCAACAAAACGAUGCAGCUGAAGAAGUGUCCGACGACAACGAUGAGGAUUUUUACAAAAGAAUCCAUCCAGAAAACGGUAUCGAACGUAUACUAGGGAAAGAGACAAAGGCGGGAAAGGUAGAGUUUUUGUUACGUUACGAAAACCAGGGUGGUCUCUUUUGGGAAUCGGAAGAUUAUAUACGGCGGAAGUGUCCCUCCCUGCUUAGAGCCUACGAAAAGAAUCGGGAGCGAAGGCAACAACGUCUGAUGAACCACGUCGCUAAACGCCAGAGUCUUCGUCAACGGUACACGGACUUCUAGGAAGGGUUGGAUAGCAUGCAUUUAGCUUUUAAAUAUCCAUUUGUAUAAUUUUUGUAAAAUGGAGUAAAAGAUUUACUUUUGUUGAGCAAA